CUUCUUACUCUGGGUCACAAGAUUCCUGCGUCUAUAUAAGCUCGAGACUUCGAUUGCUUCGUGCCAUUCCACAACGCAACGCUGACCAACAUGAUCCUUCGAGUGCUUGCGGCGAGCGCGCUUCUGGUCGUCUGUGCGGCACAGGGAUGCGUCAAGCCCGACUUUGUGUGCGAGAACUGGUCCCCUCCUGGAAACACUACGUUCGCCCAAACCUGCCCAGAUGACUGCAGUACCAAGGACAAUCCUUCUGCCACCUGCUACAUCCAGAACGAGUGUGACUGCACAUCCUACUUUACUUGCCAGGAUAAUUUGUAUACCCUAAAAUGCUGCGGAAGAGGCUUGUAUUGGGACAUGGAGACUCACACAUGCGACGAUUUGGAACAUGCAAACUGCGACGGCCGUCCAUACGAGACGUUGCCACCCAUCACCACCACCACAGUGGAUCCUAUUACCACAAAAACAAGCACAACUGUUAUAACUGAUAAACCUGUUUCAACUGAUAAACCUGUUUCAACUGAUAAACCUGUUUCAACUGAUAAACCUGUUUCAACUGUUUCAACUGUUUCAACUGUUACUACGACCACGGUACCUCCAACUCCUCCGCCUGCCAUCGAGGAACAGUGCUCUUCUCUUAGCAUCGAUGAUGUGCUUAAUCUGCCCAGCGAAGCCGAUUGUCACAUGUAUUACCAGUGUUCCGUGGAUUCAAGCGGUACAUUGCACAUUGAUAUGAUGACUUGUCCCGGAGAGCAGGUGUUCUACCCUAUUGAAGAAAUGUGUGUCGACCCUUGGUACUACCCGUGUGACACUCCCUGAGGCUUCCAACUUAGUUUUUUAAAAAUGAAUGUCACAAUUUUCCUGCUGCGUAAUCUGUUCCUGUGACCCUUGUGUAAAGAAAAAAAUAAAGAUAAUACGAGA